UGCGCCUCAACUGCAGCAAAAAAGUAAAAUUCUCAAUUGUCUGCAAGUUAAGAAUUGUGAAUUAUUCCUAUUUUUAUUUAAAUUCCGCUAUAUAUUCAAACAUUUAAAAUAUGUCCUCAGAGAAUCCAGAUUCUGUGGUAAUAUGCCGAACAUGUUUGGGCGAAUGUAAGGAAUAUAAAUCACUCCACCGAGAAGGCAUUAUAAUGGGAGAAAUAACGACACUUGCGACUCUACUCCACUACUGUACUGGCCUGGAACUUUGCGAACCGGAGAGCUCUGUUUUACCCGAUUUUAUUUGUACGCACUGCAUACAGGACUUGGCAAGAUCGUAUAUAUUUAAGAAGAAAGCCUUGGAUGCGGAUGAAGUACUGAGGACACAACUAUUGGAAGAUGAUGACAUUGAGAUUGUGGAACACAAAGACAUCGAGCAUGAGCCGGAGAACUUUGGCGAAGAUUGUGGAGGGGGUGGUGGUCGGGAUGAUGGUAUUGAUCAAAAUAAAGUACAAAUGCGACAUUGUGAUUCUGAAACCGACCUAAAGGAAUUGGCUGAAGCUGCCCAAAUGAAGAGGGAGUUAGAGGCACAACUUUAUGAAGAAACCACCCAGGAAUAUACAGUCAUACCAAAUGCAGAUCAUGAACAACAGAUACAGGAAGAAGAACAUCAUAUGGAAGAAGACCAUGAUGUGGAGUACGUUGUGCAAGAAGUUGCCGAAGAAGUCUAUCAUCCAACUACAGAUAUGGAAGAUGAGGGGCACUCUUCGCAAGAGGUUAACGAUAUAGUGGAUGUGGAAGAGGAAACAAGUGUACAGCAAAUAGCCGAAGAUGAAGAAGAGGUCGAAUUUGAAAUACAUGUGAACGAUAUAGAAAUCGUCACUGACGAUCCAGUGGGAGUUGAAAAUCGGCCAGAUAGAACUAAACGGCAUUAUGACAGAAAAUCGGUAACAAAUUCUGAUUCGGACAGCGGUCAUGCAUUUGCACCGAAGGGUACAAGGAACAGAAGUAAAUCGUCCAAUAAGGCACCGAAUCCUCACUUUCAAUGCAAAGUUUGUGGCAAGCAACUGAGCAACUCCAGUUCAUUCAGAUAUCAUAUGCAACUGCAUUCAGAUAAGACGCCAUUCAAAUGUGAAGUGUGUGGUGAAUGCUUCAAAACUCGUAACGCCUUCGAUGGUCAUCGUUCAACUCAUGAUCCAAAAAAUCCCAAUACUUGUGAUUUGUGUGGAAAAUCGUAUCGUCAGCCUUCUUCAUUGCGAAUGCAUAUGCUUUCGCACACCGGUGUCAAACCCUUCAAAUGUGACAUUUGUGGAAAAUGUCUAACACAAAAAUCUGGCUACAAGAAACAUAUGCUAACACAUACGGGUGAGAAACCCUAUUCCUGCGACAUAUGCGGAAAAUCAUUUCGUAUAUCGAGCAAUAUGCUGGUACAUCGCCGAAGUCACUUGGGUGAUAGGCCUUUUGAUUGUAGAGAAUGCGAUAAAACUUUUGGUACUGCUGAGCAAUUAAAGCGUCACAUGUUGGUGCAUUCAGCUGACACACCGUUUUCCUGUGACAUUUGUGGCAAACAGUUUAAGCGACAUUCGACUCUACGGGCCCAUAUUCAGAGUCAUAUAGCGCAAGAGUCGGAAGUUGUUACAAAAGAGGAAAAAUGAUUGGUUUUUUGGAUAUAUCUUAUGUUAUUGUAAAUUUGUUCUCAGCUAAAGUUCGUUUUUAUAAAAUUAGAAAAAACUUUAUAAUAAAAAAUAAAAAAAAAAUUAAAGUGGCUAUCUUUCAUAUACA